CAUACACAUUGUGCGUCGAUACGAAACGAAUAACUAAUAAAGUACAAUGUAUAGUAACUACAAAAUCUAUUCGUGAAUAAAUGUUAACACUUCUUUUUUAAUGUAUUGACUCAUGGAACAUUAUUUUAUAUGUUAAAAGUAUUCAGCCCUCCCCAUAAAAAAAUUCUGGCUACGCCUCUGCGUCAUCAUGAUCACGAUGUCCUACGCUCGACCACAACAAUACAACGACGACGACGAUAACGGCAACAACAACAACAACAACAACAACACGAGCGUGGUGGGUUCGUACCAGCUGAGUCAGCGCCGGAAGAGAUGUGCCACCCACUGUUGGCUGGGGAUGACGUUCCUCGCGUAUUCGUUCCUGCUGACCGUCCGGUUACAUUUCACGUACGCGAUGAUGGUCAUGAUGAACGUCCCGCUGGUGGCGGCCACGGUCGACCGGCCGCUGUGUCCGGACGCCGUGCUGGACGUGGGCGUGAACUCCACGAUCCCGGUGGCCGGAAGGCUGGACUGGACGAUCCGGCAGCAGACGGCCACGAUGGGCGCGUACUUUUUCGGCACGCUGGUGUCCACGUUUCCGGGCGGCGUGUACUCGAGCCGCGGUUACGAGCGGUCCAUAAUGAUGUGGUGUGUGGCCGUCACGGCCGCCACGAUGGCGCUGGUUCCGGUGGCGUUCGUCCAGUACGAGAGUUGGUUGGCCGUCACGUUCCUCAGGUUCCUGCAAGGGUGUGCGUUCGGACCUACCGGCUCGUGUGGCGGCACGUUGGCCGGCAAAAUCGUUCCGAAAACCAACAGGACCCUUUACACGACGUUCAUGUUCUCCGGCACAGUGUUUGGCGGCUUCUUCGGACACCUGUACAGCGGAAUAGUCAUACCUAACGUGUCGCUCGACGGCAGCUUCGUAACGCUUUCCGUCAUCGGAUUCGCCUGGGCCGCCGUGUGGGGGACCAUGAUUCAUCUGACGCCAUACGUUAACGACUUCAGCGACAGCCCCAAGUCCGUGUCGUUCAUCUCGACGGCGUGGAUCGUGAUCAUGCGAUCAAUGCCGUUCAUCAGCUUGCUGAACGCGUCGUUCGGACUCGGAUUUUUAUACAGCUUCAUCACUACCGGAUUACCGAUUUAUGGUGCCAAUGUCCUAGGCGGCGAUGCUGUGAAAACCGGCAUACAAGUCUCUGUGUCUUGGAUGAUCGGUUGGAUUACGUCUAUAUUCGCUGGAAUCUCAGCCUCGUCAUUGACGAACGUUGACACGAAUACGAAAAUAAAGAUCAGAAAACUGUACGUCGGAAUUGUGUUAAUAGGAUCACCGAUUAUGAUUUUGGGUAUCAUGACUGCAGAAUGUAACGAUUCGUGGGCCAGAACGUUUAUAAGAAUGACUGUGAUAUUAUUAGGCUUCGAACGAAGCAGUAUUCGAAUAAAUUCUCUAGACUUAUGUCCCGGUUAUGUGGGAAGUCUAAUAGCCAUGUGCGAUAUUUUUUACUCUAUGGGUAAUAUAACUGAUUUAGUGCUGGUUCGUAAUUUUUUUGCAAACACUAUGAAUUGGAGCAUAACAUUCCAUGUGACUAUCCUCGUAUCAAUUGCGUGUAGCAUACUAUUUCUUUUGUUCGGAUCUACACAAAAACAAUGCUGGGAUCAAAGAUACAUACAUCCAUAAGCGCAAAACAAUCAUCCGCGUGCACCACGAUGUUUACAACGACAGACUAUCUGAAUAUAACAAAGAUCUUAGAGUAGUUACGAAUAAUUUUAUAAAAUCAAUUUUAUUUUUAAAAAAGAAUGUUGUCAUUGGAUUAA